UCUUUCUCUCUACACUCUUCUUUCCAUCCAGCCUCUCUCACCCACCCACCAGUUGAUUCCUGCUUAGUGUUAUGUGGCGAUAAGGGCAGAGACGAAACGGGAAAGAAAGCUCUAAAGAGACCUUUUCUCUCAAGAUUUGGCUUUUUGCUGCUGCAGCUUUAAUUCCGCUACUAUGCUGCGUUUGACUACUGGGCGCGUGGGAAGCCUCCUGGCCAGGCGCGCGAUAGCUGCCGUGACUACCAGCAGCACGAGGAUGGCGAGCAAAGAGGUGUCCGAGUCAGUGGACAUGUCUCAGCCAAUGUACUGGGACCGUGUGGACAUCCCACUGCCUGACAAACCCUACAAAGAUGUCCUGACUGAUGCUGACAAGAGCCUGAAGCAGAAAGAGAAAGGACCCUGGGGUCAGCUGACUAAAGAAGAAAAGAUUGCCUUGUAUCGGCUGACGUUCUGCAAGACCUACCCAGAGAUGAAGCAGCAGACAGCAGAGUGGAAGACGGUCAUUGGGGGCAUUUUCUUCUUCCUGGGUUUCACAGGCAUAGUGAUCUGGUGGCAGAGUGUCUACGUCUACCCUCCACGUCCCAGGACCUUUGAUGACGAAUGGAAGUCCCAGCAGCUGAAGAGGAUGUUGGACAUGAAGAUCAACCCCAUCCAGGGCAUCUCUGCCAAGUGGGACUAUGAAAAAGGCCAGUGGAAAUAAAGAGGGGCUAGGCAGGGGGCUGAGGUAGCACAGUCUGGACCUUUUACCUGAGAGUGUGGCUCAGUUCGACUAUAGGAAGCUGCUAUUGUUUUUGAAUGCUGUUACGACUGUCAAAACCACUAGAAAGAUGGAGCCUCUCUAGGGAAUUGUACUCUGUUACCUCUAGCUUUCCAAACAGUAUCUUCCUCUAACGCCACUUUAGCCUUCAGUCACAGGGAUAACUCUGUCCGUCCUGAUGUAACAAAAUAAAGUUUGGCUUUUGUCUGUCA